CCCAAUUCCGUUAUAUAAAAUCCUCCACCCUUUUCUCCCAUUCAACGCAAAUUUUGCCCACUCACCCAAAUUAGGAGAAUUUGAAGAAUCGGAAGGGGAAAAGAGAGAGAAUUAUAUUUAAAAAAAUGCAUCAGGCGAUUCCGUACAGCAGCGGUCGGAUGACGUGGCUCCGCCCCGCGGCGUCGGCAUCCGUGUCCGUGUCGGCGGCAUCGUCGGUGUCGGCGGUGGCGGCAGCGGCGACGACGGUUACGGAGAACGGGGGUUCGGCAACGUCGGCGGCGUCGUGGAGGAGGCCGGUGGCGGAGAGUGCGGCGGCGGUGGUGGGGCGGCGGGGGUGCUGCAUGAGCCACGUGGUGCGGCGGCUGCUGCAGGGGCUCGGCGUGAACCCGACGGUGUGCGAUGUCGACGACGAGGCCAGCGGUGCCGAUGCGGCGGCGCUGGCGGAGGAAUUCGCGAGGAUCGGUGCCGGCGAGGUGUCGCUCCCCGCGGUGUUCAUCGGCGGGAGAUUGAUGGGGGGAUUGGACCGCCUCAUGGCCCUGCACAUCUCCGGCGAGCUCGUCCCCAUGCUCAAACAGGCCGGAGCUCUAUGGCUAUAGAUUAAAUCAGUACUAAUUUGUUGCUAAUCUGUUUCUAUAAUAUGUAUUAUUAUUAUUAUUAUUAUUAUUAUUAGUGUAGUAUGAUUUUUCUUUUUCUUUUUUUGUUUUGCUAAUUAUUGGACGCAAGAGAAUAUACUUUGGCUACUUGAAAGCAAGGAGGGUUAGGUUUUGGUGUGCUGUUUGUACAAAUUUUGUGCAUUAAAUGGGAAAAAAAAAGAAUCUCAAUUUCCUGAUA